AUGGGUCCCAGAACUCCUUCUCCUCAGUGCUUACCAGAAUCAGAAAGUGAAGCAGAAGAAAAAAAUUACUUGUGGGGUUCCUCUGAAGAAGAACCCAUAGCACCCAACCUAGCAAUACAUCUUGAGAGUCUUGUCUGGCAAGUGAAGGUUUGGAAAACCUUAAACUGUAAUUCCUGGUAAUAUCAUGCUAACCUCUUGGCUCCAAGUACACCAGUCCACAUACUUUGAGAAGUAGGUCUAAGACUGUCCCAUUGUUCCUAUUUGCCUAAACUGGAACCAAUUACCGAAUGGACCCCUCUCACUUUUUCUCAAGCCCCACCCUUUCAGAAACCCCUUAGAGGCCUUGGCCACUUCUCUAGAGAUUGUGCAACUCUAAAUGAAGCACUGCAGUUGUUUGCCACCAAACAGUUAAGCCAAACAUGGAGUAAAGCCACUCUCAUACCUGAAUACUUAGAACAGAUUCCUAACAGAACCCACACUAAACUCAAUGACACUACUUACUCCCAUGCUAUCUUCCAAGAGGCAGCUAACAAACUCCUAACUGGAUCAUUAAAAAGAUCAUCAUUUGUUUUGAUAUAAUCUAAUGUUGCUAAUGAAGAAAGGGGUAAACUGUACCGUCUACAGUUUAAAAACUUAUACCUUUUCAACCAAACUAUGCCAUGCCCUGACAAGCUAAAGUACUACCACAUAUUGAGUAUAUACCUAAGGGUUCCAUAAUUCAGCUACAGAAAAUUUGUGUUGUGAACAUGCCUUCUCACAAACUAUGGAUAAAAUGAAGGUGUCAAGAAAUAGUCAAAAGAGACCAUAUUUUAAAAGAUAAAGUUAAAUAUUCUGCACACUCAGUACUCUCCCCACACCAAUUUAAUCUGCCUAUCUGAAUAUACUUUAACUAGACGGCUGAUUAUUAAUGGGAAGGGAAAAGUAGGCCGUCACUCUUUUUGUUACUCAACCAACACAACUAUUACAGAGGUAAGGCUUAACCAUCAGAAAGCAAGAAGGUGUCUAUCCCACCCCCACAAAAAAAAAAAAAAAAAAAACCUUUCUGAGCGUGGUCUCUUAUGACGUUCAUUUCUACGGAGGUAACUGAAAUUGAAUAAUUACAGAAAAAAAUAACAGAUUUAUCUCUGUAUAUUUUCCUAGAUUUAGGAAAACCUAGGUUUCCUGCUUCUUUUGAGGAAGGAAAUUUCAAAUCUAGCCUACAUUAUUCCAAAACCUGCAGUUACAGCACAAACCUUUUGUAUUGUAGGCUCCCACCAGGCUGGCUUCAGCGAAACUGGCCUGUAACGUCAUCCCUUGGGUUUAAAUAGAAUCCUGUUCUGCAGAGAAUGUAUCUCCUGGCUCUUGUCACCUAG